AUGGUGAAGCUUGCAUCGGCACGAGAGAGCCGAAUUUACGGGCCCCGGUUAUCGAGGAACCGGGCGGAAUACACAAACGCUGGGCUGUAUGUAUUUGCUACGAUUGUUCUAUUGACUGGUUUUGCAGCCGAGUUUUCCUGGGAACCGAAGUCGGGUUUGGUGCUUUUGCUUAUAGCUUCAGCGUUGAUGAUGGUGGUUAAUGCUCAUGAUCUUCUUGCCCAUCUUGCGGGUUUCGAUUAUCGGUUUCCAUUGAUGGAAUUUGAUGUCCAGCUUGCGCUCGUUGAGUUUGCAGUUCCUGUUGUUCAGAUUUUGGGAUCCCUUCUUUUGUUCUUGGGAAUUCUCUUUCUCUUCAUUCAGAAAGUGAAAGGAUUUGGUUUCUUUAAAUUGGAAAAGCAUGCUUUGAACAUGCUUAUUGCUGGCCCUGUUUUAUGGGGAAGUACUUGGGUGUGGUUGGGAAUUGGUGCAAGCAUAUUGUUCUUCGUCGGAGGGAUAACGAAUGUGGUAAAAGUGUUCAAGAUGCAACAACUUAAUGUGCUGCGGCUUGAGAAACUGCGAGGAGGAGCACAAGAGAGACUAGUUCAAGAAAGAGAAGGCCAUGUUCCACUCAUUAUAGAAGAACAUCAGAGGAUAAAAAAGCCGGCUGCUCCAGUAGCAGCCGGGGAAACAGAACCAGCAAUUGUAGGAUCUCCAACACCUUACAAGGAUGUGCUUGUUCGCACUUGA